AUGCCCGAAGGCUUGCUCACCUCUGAGUACGGUCUGCCCUUCAUCAUCGGGUAUGUCAGCAGUUACAUGCUUGUGACGAUGGGAAUUUUCAAUGUCAUCCUCGCAGUGUAUGUGGACAUCACCAUGAAGGCCGCCAAAGAAAGCGACGCGAUGAAUGCAGAGCAGCACGCGCGCGAGUCCAUCCGUGUGGCCCGAACCACCCGCGAAUUGCUCAAGAUUUUCAGUGCCGCUUACCACUCCUUCCGGGAACACCAGAGUGGAGAUGACGAACCCAUGAGAAGCCCGUCCGCCGCCAACUUUAUGGAGCCGAUCCGGUCCGCAUCCGCUGCCAACUUCAUAGAAGAUGGCGGGCAAGACCAGGUUGCCAUCACCAAGGAGCUUUUCUUGCUGAUUGUCCAGGACAAUCAAGUUCAGAAGCUCAUGGAUGAUUUGGACUUGCCUCCAGACCGCGCCAACCUCUUUGAAAUGUUGGAUGCCGAUGGCAGUGGCACGCUACAAACUACCGAACUGCUGCAGGGCCUUUUAAAGGUCCGUGGCGAGGUGAACAAGAGCGACACGGUGGCAUCAUUGCUGGCUACAAAGGCUGUCCAGAAUCUGGUCACCGACCUCAAG